AUGGCUCUGCUCAGCAUCGCCAACGUCGCCCUUUUGGGUGUCGCUUACCUUUUAUUCUGUGUUGUUUGGCAGAUUAUCAAUUAUCGUUUCUUGCAUCCUCUGGCCAAGUUUCCCGGCAACUUCUGGGGAAGUGUCACACGGCUCUGGAUCACAUACCACAACGCAGUGGAAGCUGACGAAUGCGAGACCUUUCAAGAGCUUCACAAGAAGCAUGGACCUGUCAUCCGAAUCACCCCUACUAUGCUGCUGGUCAGCGAUGCGACCGAGCUACCCAAGAUCUACAACCGCCAUGCAAACAAGUCAAAGCAUUACAUUACCGGUAGCUUUGGCAAAGAUGAAUCACUCUUUAACAUGCAAGACUCGGUGAUGCACGCCAAAUAUAGGAAGGUCGCUGCCCCUCUCUACAGUCUCACCAACAUCAAAAAGAUGGAGCCCUUGAUCGACGGUAAUAUCAACACAUGGAUGAACCGCCUCCAACGAGACUUUGCUGCUACCAACAAGCCGUUUGACUUUGCUCCUUGGGGAGUGUUCAUGGCAUAUGACAUUAUUUCUGAGGUCGGAUUCGGUGCUCCCUUUGGCUUUGUCAAAGAGGGCAAAGAUGUUGAAGGCCUCAUUCAAGGCUUCCACGACGGUCUGACGCCUUUCGGUAUCAUGGCGAGAUUGUAUCCUUUUACCAAUUGGGUCAAGAGCACUUUCUUGGGCAAGUAUAUGGUUGCCAGUCCUGAACAAAACUCCGGUAUCGGAACAUUGAUGCGCUUUCGGGAUCGCUUGAUUGAACAGCGCUUUAAGGAUAUUGAGAAUGGUUCCACGGGUGGCCGUAUUGACCUUCUACAAACCUUUAUUGAAGCGCGAGAUGAGGAUGACAAACCACUGGACAUAAACUACAUCAAAGCUGAGAUUCUGCUUGUUUUACUAGCGGGUGCUGAUACGACUGGCACAGCUUUCCAAGCAAUGAUAAUUCACAUCCUUACAAACCCGACUGUCUACAAGAAGCUCCUCGCUGAGAUUGACGAGGCCACAGCAACAGGAAAACUUUCCGAGAUGCCCCAGUACGACGAAGUUAUUGAGCACUGCCCCUACUAUAUCGCAUGUGUUAAGGAAUCGAUGAGACUAAACCCCAGCGCCCCCAACAUCUUCCCGCGUAUUGUUCCACAAGGCGGCCUCGAGAUCUGCGGCCACUUCGUUCCCGAGGGUACUGAAGUAACUUGCAACCCGUGGCUGGUUCACCGCGACCCGAAUAUUUACGGUGAUGAUGCUGAGGUCUUUAAGCCGGAGCGGUGGUUAGAUGUUGACAAGGCCAAGAUUUACAACAAAUAUAACAUGGGUUUCGGGUAUGGAGCAAGGGUCUGUCUUGGACAGGAUAUUGCAAGAAUGGAGCUUUAUAAGGGCCCUUUGUUGUUCUUGCGAAGCUUCAAUGUCGAGUGGGUCGAUGAGACGAAGAGAGGCAAGUAUGUAGUUAAUGGUGGUGUGAGUUACUUUGAGGACAUGAACAUCAAGAUCUCCAGCCGCGAUACUGCUGCUUGA